UAUAUAAACUCGCCGGAAAGCGAUGCAUCACAUAUCAGCCCUCCCGCAUUUAUCACCGGUGCAUCAUGACGUCCGAGGUAGUGAAAAUUAAAAGUGAACGUAAUAAAGAUUUAAUAAUUAUACGGAACAGUAAAUUUUCCUUCCACAAAAAUUUGAAAUUCGAAAAGAAGCGGUGGUGUUGUGUCGUGAAAACGUGUAAGAGUUACAUAAAGACGGACAUCAGUGAAACACAAAUUCUGGAAGAGAAUGUAGUGUGUACCCAUGCGGUCCAUAGCGAUAGUGAAAUUUGUCGACAAAAAAUCAGGAACAGUUCAAAAAGGAAAGCUGAGAAGGACGCUUGUGACAGACCAUUGAAAUUAAUGCGUGAUGAAAUAAACAUACAUGAUUGCUGCGACGUUGCCGAUUUUUUUGGUCUAGGGAAUCAGGAUCCGGGAGGAAAUCAGGCGAUGAUUUGGUAGGAGAUAAUUCUAUGACAUGCUUAUCACCAUCAGAGCUCUGAGCUUUGAGCUUUGAGCUUUGAGUUUUAAGUUUUUAGUUUUGAGUUUGGCGAAGCUCCCCUCUCUCUAACCCACAUGUUCGAUUCUUUGAACUUUGACACGUACAGAGCAAACAUAUACAUAUAAACUCGCCGGAAAGCGAUGAAGUGAUUGUUAAGAUACCUCAUCUGUAACUCAGUUUUCGAAAGUAGUUUCAUGUACCAUUGAACAUUUUGGUAAGCCACGUAAAUUUGCCGAUGCUCAUAACGCCGCGUAUUCACUGUAAGCCCGAAGACUCUUAACUCUAAAUUCCGUUUUCUAAUGGUACAAGUUUCUUCUCUGAACACAGAAAAUUGUUCGUUCAAAUCUGAGUCCUGUCUAUCAAAAUUAGCAACAUUGGUAUUGGAUACUUCAGUUUGAAACAUGACUUUGAAACUAGACGACUUCUUGACAAAGAAAAAGGAGCCAGCACAAAUUUUGGAUUUGUCAAAAGCAACGGCCAAUAGCAAAGAGGAGUUGAGACGGCUUAUCGAGAAGAUUCCUGAGUACAAAAUAAAGCCAGAGAAGGUGAAACCAGACGAAAUCAAAAUUCGGGAGAAGGAUUUUAGCUUCAAAAUAACAAAGAAAGAGUUGAAACCGAAGAGAGAGUACGCCUUCCAGGACCCUACUCCUCCAGAAAUGAGAGAGAUCAAACUCGAAGAUUUGAGUUCCGUCAACAUUCCCUGGAAAAUGUUGACCUCGCUUCGCCCCAAAACCAAGCUUGAUGAGGAAUUUUACUCUAGGCUAGUGGAGCUGGGGAAGCUGGCGCUGAAGACGCGAGCCCGGGAGAAGCGGAUCCAGGACUCGGACUUCGUGCGGAAGAUGAAGAACCGGGCGGGGAUCGUGGAGACGCGGAUCCUGUCGUGCAAGGAGUGCUAUGAGGAGUUCUGCACCGGCGAGGCCUGCUGCGACUUUCUCUACGAGUCCUACCAGCGGGAGAACCGGGGCCCGGUCGCCGUCGACGAGAGCGGGCAGCCCGUCGAGAAGCAGGACGGCCGCGCGCGAGGCAGGGCCAAGAAGAAGCGCCGCCUCAAGAAGAAGCCCAAACCGAGGGCCAAGAGCACCAAGAGCUUGGACAGGGGCAAGACCAAGCUCAAGAGGGACAGCCCGCAGCGGCGCAGCAAGAGCUUGGACAAGCAGAGAUUUUUGAAAGACUCGCACGAUAGCAGCCAAGAAGCAAGGGGCAAGAGUGAAAGCAAAAGAAAGUCAAAUGCAUCCAAAAGCAAGAAAGGAAAAAGCCCAGGAGAGCGUCAAAAAAAAACAUCCAAAACGUUCAAAAAGAAAGUUACCAUGAACAUCGGUAGCGGCAAAGGGGUUUGAUACGAAACCCUCAUGAAAUCGAGGACGACCUCAAAAAUAAUGAUAUCAUGCAUAAUAUUAAUUUUCCUAAAAAAUCUGCUGAAUUCAGCUAUCGGUUCAUAAAAUAUUUAAAACGCUUGACUGCCAACUGUGCCAAUUGAAGGAGAGACGGAAGGUGGAACGGAUUCCUUCCCUUUUGCACUAAUGUAUCGUAUGUGCUGUACUUACUUUGAACGAAGAUUGUAUGCGUUCGUUCCUUUGAUUUCAAAAAUUUAUGGGAAUUACUGAGGUAAAUAUUUUGUACCAUUUUUACUUUUGUUCAUUAAUUCAACGAGAUAUUUUUUAAUCUAAUCUGAAAAGUCCUUGUUCUACUGAACGAUUUUAACACUCUUUUGAAUUUUAAAUACUGUUAAUCUUCGAGCGCAGUAUUCGAAGUAUUGCUACAUUUACUCUAAGUUCAUGUAUGAUUUUUGUAAUAAAAAAAUGAAAGUAAUGGUUACUUGGGUUAUUAGUUAGAUAGUUAGUUAGAUAUAGUAGUGAUUAGUUUCAAGAAUAUUUUUCAACUUUUUUCAUCACAUGUUUUUUUUAUGAUUCAUGAGCACAGUAAAGGAAUACUUCUUCGAUUUUGCAACACUUAAAUUCACGGUGCUGUGCUAUUAGCUGACUUAAGAGACUUUGUUUUCUGUAUCUUUCGUCUGUGUCAUUUCACUCUUUCUACUUUAGUUCCCUCUUCUUUGGUAUUCCACGUACAUAAAUUGCCUUUGAAAACUGUGAA